AUGUCGCAUUACCUCUGCAUUGAUGGCGGGGGCACCAAGACGAGCGCGACUGUCGCCUAUGUCGCAUCCAGUAGCACUGUCCCAAUCAUUGCUCGCGGAGAGGCAGGACCAUCGAACCUGACGUUUGGACUCGACGUGUGUCUCACGGCAACAAAGGAAGCAGUCUCGAACGCGCUCGCGGCGUUGGCCCAGAAGGACUCGCACGCAGCGCUCUCCUGGCCUCCAUCAGCUGCGGGCGACUCUGGCUUCACAGCCGUGUGGGCCGGGUACGCUGGCUGCGCGCGUCCACCCGACCACGCGCUGCUGUUCCCGCACCUCGAACCCCUGCUCGGCCCCCAUCUCCGACUCACAGGCGACGCAGAGCUCCUCGUCGCUCCCCUUGCUGGACGCAGUGUCGACGCGUGCGUCACGUUGAUCUGCGGCACGGGAUCACUCGGGCUUCUCUGGCGCAAGGACGCCGACGGCGAGCGCGCGCAACAAGUGGCCCGCAGCGGCGGGUGGGGUCCACUGCUCGGCGACGAAGGCAGCGGAUGGAGUCUGGGCAAGGCGGCUGUCAAGAGCGUCUUGACCUUUUCGGCCAACAACCGCCCAUUACGCUCCUGGCACAGCGCCGUGUUGCUACACUUUGGCCUCGCGGUUGACCAGGCCAACCGCCUGAUCACAGCGUGUGCUGGGUUGGACAACACGCUGGCGCCGUCCUUGGCCGAUUCGGAGCGCAAACGCAGGAUUGCGGCGUGUACCCGCAUUGCAGUCGACGCUGCACGGGCAGGGGACGGCGAGGCCCUUCGCAUCGUGCGCAAAGUUGCCUCCGAGGUCGUGGAUACCCUCGAGCCGCUGGUGGCCGCCCUUGGAGACGAGAAGGCACUUCUCGUGGUGGCAGGUGGGCUGGGACAGGUGGAUGUGUUCUGGCAUGAGGUUGAACGCGGGAUGCAGGCAAGGGGGUGGACAUGGGACGAGGUCGUGAAACUUGCUGAUCCUGGAAUGAGCGGGUUGAUGUCCUUGGUCCCAACGCAGUAG